CAUGUCAUGGCCGUCGAGCUCCUAGCCGUGGUCUCUUGCCCUUUGGUCCCUAAUCAUUUUGUUAGUUUGAGCAUACCCUGCCCGCUCAGGGCAAGUUCCCACAACGCAGCGUUUCCACUCUGUCUUGAAGAGUCUUUGACUGUUAAAUUACGACCCCGAUGCGUCAAGAUGCGGUCCGGCAAAGAGCAACUCGGCGGCCGGCGCUUGAUGAUGUGCGUAUAAGCAAGCGGGUGGGCGUGUGCGGGCGUGUGCGUGUGCUUUCACUUUCCACCAGUCACUCUUCCUCUCUCCACUCAUACCGAAGCUGCUUAGCCCUCUUUUUUUCUCUUUCCUUUCUCUCCUCCAUCUUCUAUCGAGGAUCAUCGACUAUCUUCUCCUCUUUCUAUUGUUUGGGCUUCCCUCCUAUUCGUUCAUUAAACAGCCUUGGUCCCUGAAGCCGUUGGUCUCGUGCCAUAGCUCCCUGAAGUCUGCAAGCUACCCUCGUCCCAUUUGCCUCAGUUGUCAAUGGUAAGCUAGCUUGAACAGGACGACCAACGACACAAGAACAGGACGAAAUAUAUCCUUGACUGAGGGAGGGUACUGUUCGACACAUUCCUUUUUCUAAACUAAAAGGGCGGCUCUGCUUGGAGACUCCAAUCAUCGAUGUCAACAAGAACCUAGACGUACCCGUUGAGUUGUGAAUAACAAGAGUGAUUCACAGGACAAUACACCACGCUGGCUGGUACCUGCGUCUUGAGCUGUUAUCCUUUGAUGCAUCCUUACUCACUACUCCGUCUUUUACAACAGCUUCGCUGAGCUUAAAGCUCCAAUCUCUCUCGCAGUUUUUCACUUCACCGCGGAACUUUCCAUAUCUGGGCCUUCUGUCCUUCAUCUCGGCCCAAUCCAUUCACAUCGAUUCAACGUCUCUAGUCGUCUCUUGUCAGCCUUGGGUCUUCUCCACUUCUCACACAAACUUCCUACUAACUCGCACUCGUUGACAGCUCUUUUCUGCGCGUGCCCCCCAUGUGUGCUAUGUGGAAGAGCCAUCCAUGACUGGUUCCAAAUGAACUUGGGCCUGCUUGUCAACUGGUUUCAUCAGCCCCGCUCAUCUCGACCUGGAGCUGGCCGACAUCUCCAGCUCGCCGCCCGUCACCUCUGGCCAUCUUAUACAAAGCUUGCAUAUCCACAACCCAAAUUGUACGCCGCUUCUUUCUGUUCCCCUCUUCUUCCUUCUUUGAUAUCAUUUGCUUUAUAUUCCUGUCGCCUGUUUCUUCUCCCUUUUAUAACUCCAGUCCCUAGUUGAGACUUGUAUUAGAAGAUCCACGAGACGGUUACAGCCCAAACAACAAUAUUUUUUUUGGCAACCCUUUCUUUUCGAUGUUGUCGUUUUGCUCCCUGAUUUGCUUGAUCACUUGAUCUGGUUGAACCGUCCUGCCAGAACUACCCAGAUCUUCAAGCGUGAAGUGCAAUCUUGUUGUAAAACAUCGUUACCCACGUCCCCUGCCCAGCACUCAGUCGACUGUUUCUUAUCUGUUAAAAAAAAAAAAAAGUCAAUUUCAGCAAGCCCCAGCCUCCCAACAAUACAUGCGCCUUUCAUAUCCACGCAUCUCCUCUUGCCGUACAAAUGUCCCCACUGGUGUAGCCCAGCUACCAUACAACGAUGCUUACCGUCAAGCAGCCACCAACUUACGGCUACAAGUCCGUCCAUGAUCUCCCGACUCCGCCUUCAACCUCUCGACCUUCUCCCCCCUUGAUAUAUCGAGAACCAGCAAACAAUUCUCUGCCUGUCGCCUAUCGGGGACACAGUCCACCAUCACAGCCCAUGUCGGCUCCUCAUCGUGGCCUGCCUCCGCCGGCGGCCAUGACUCUUCCUCCCCAGCAGCCCCCAGCAGCUGGUGCUCCUCCAUCUACUCAUCUCCCACCCCAUCCGCCUCCUCCGCCUCCGCCACAGCCAUCUUUGGGCCCUCCUGGUCACCAGCAGAGAGAUUCAUGGGGCCAACUACCUGCUCCACCUCAGCAAUGGCAAGGAGCAGAGGAAUCCAUGAGACAUUGGCUGCAGGCGAGGGCGGAAGAGGAUAAGAGAAAGCAGGAGGAAGAGCGGACGAAGCAGGAGGAAGCGCGGACGAGACAGGAGAGCUUGCGUCUAGAGCAGCGCAAAGUUGAAAUGGAUAUGCUGCGGACGUCGCUUCAGGCAGGUAUACCUCCUCCCAUGGUUCCUUUGGUAUUUGCAGGCAUGGGUGGCGGAGGAGUCGCGCCACAAGCCGCCCUGGAAUGGGCUCAGCAGUUUAUGCCUCCUGGACAGGCUCCUCCUCGUGCCCAGAUUAUGCCCGCACAGUGGCCUGUGUCGCCUGAACACCAGCGAGAACCCCAAACACUGUCGCAUACCCACGCACAGCACCCGGGCAUUCCAUCUGCAUCGACUCCAGCAGCCGGAUAUGUGUAUCCGCCAUCACCAUCAAGGCCUCGAAGCCAGACAGUGAGUGGUGCUAUAGGACGGCCCAUGGGCAUAUCGACAUUACCGAGCCUCAACACCAACGUACCACAGCCCGCACACGCUCCUCCUCCGAUGCACUCGCAUCAACAUCCGCAUAUGCAGCAAGCGCAGCAACAGCAGCAAGAACCCCAGUCAAGUCCUUCGAUAUACUUUCACCACUGGCAGCCACCAACAUCGCAAGCUAGCGGAAGCUCGAACCGACCCGGAAGUCCUUCUGGGGAAACUCCCAGAAAGCGCAAAGCAACAGGGCAUCAUGCCCCUUCCCCCGCCCGCAGUGAGCAGCGAUAUCGAUCACCUCCGCCUCUUAGUCAAAGCGGCUCGUCGAGCGCAGCUUUUCGUGGAUCGCGACGUGGUCACUCACGACAAAGAAGUGACAUGUCACCCUUCAGGGUCAUCGGGCCGGGACGGUCUCGCAGAGAGAGUUUUGGCGGACCCUUGCGCCGAAUGUCACCGAUACGCAGCUCAACGUCUAUACCCUCGCAAGAAAGACCCGGCAGCGAGAACAAACAGUCGGUAUCAGCUAUAUUGUCAGAGGAGCCACCGCCUGGCACACGGUAUCCAGGGCCCCGUCGCCCGAGCGAAGAGCGAGAAAACCGCUACAAGCAGCCAUCACCCGGAGAUUCAAAGCCGCAUCGGAGUAUCGAGGAAACCUCAAAAUCGCGAGAAAAUUCAGGGGAAGGACAAAGCGCUUGAUGGUAGUGCACCCUAGACGCGGUUUCGUCGAUCGGCUCUGACGCUUGUGCGCCACAUGCAGUCAUUUCACGUCUAAGCGUGGCUGUCAUUUAAUUUACGAUAAUCCACAAAUCACACACGAAAACAUGAAAGAGUAAUUUAUUUGCCCAGCCGGAAUGAUCAACAAUCUCUGGCGUAUUAGUAGGCAUACUCCAAUCAACACUCUGUACUACCUAUCGAAGCAAAUAUGCAUCGGGCCGGUUGAGCGGCUUUUCCUCAUGGUUACUACUAAAAUUUCGGACUCAGACUCAUUCAAGCUGGUCCCUUGACUUUACAUCAGUCUUUUAGAAGUUGGCGCCGCAACUUUGUUUUAAAUAUAUGUUCUCGUUGAGCUGCACUGGAGAGGGCAAGGGUUGGCUAAAGGUUAGGGGCACGGUACAAAAUGGAGUUUUUGACUUUGAUUUUCGGUUCAGUCUAUUGGGAGGAGUCCACAGCAUCAAGGAACAGCAUUGGGUAUAGCGGGCUCGGGCUCGGGCUCGGGCUCGGGCUCGGGCUGAGGGUCGAUGGGACGAGGGAAAGAGAAACAUUGGGGAUAUUUCUUGUUCUACGGACAGCUAUAGACACCCUAUGGACUUAGAUUGAGGGGGUUGAAGUUUCGCAGCUUCAGGCAAUGCAUUACUGACAUCCUCAAGGAAGUCAAUUUGAGCGUCAUCAAACAGACUCGGAGCGAAAUGAACAAAAACAAUUGUCGCCGACCGAGGAAUGGAGAACACUCUCGCCCUUGUUUAUUUUGAAUGUUAAGCCACAUUUUAAGAAGCUCGGGCACAUACAAGAAGAGCAGCCUCAGUCUACUAGAAGCCUCACAGCCUAUUUCUCAAAGUAGUUCCCAGGAACACCCCAAAACAGAGUUGCGGUUACUGAACGCCCAUAGCACUAGCAGCACAUAGCUUAUUCUGAGGAGCC